UCGGUUAUGGAUCCAACAAUUUGUAUGCAAAUUGUUGAUCUUUUAGAUCAAUUUAAAACUUAUUAUGGUGAAACACCAUCGAUGAUACAUUCAUAUCGUAGAUGUGAAACAGUAUUGUCAUUAAUUGCCAGUUUUUAUGAACAAACUGUAAAAUUAGUAAUUAAUGGUGAAAUAUUGUAUUCAAUUGAAAAAAAUGAAAAUAUUAUCGCAAUGAAGAAAAAAUAUCUUGAAGAUAAAGAAAUAUUAGGUGAUUUUUCACCCGUUUAUAUUCAAUUAAAAAUUAUCAUUUUCAAAGAAAUUCUUGAACGUCCAACCGAUUCUGAAAUUUGGUUAGAUAUUGAUAUUAAUGGAUAUUAUCCAAAAACUACUGUAAAAUAUAUGUCACCAGUCAAUCCGGUUCAUCUUAUGCGUUUGAAUCGAAUUAUUGAAGAAUUUUGUAAAGAAUAUUAUACAAAAAUUGGCUGCUUAUUCAAUUUAAUAUAUUAUAUGAAAUUAUUUGUAAAAUAUUUAUACAAUAUUAAUGAUGAUGAUACUAUUUUUCGUUUAAAUGAAACUGCCAAAUUAAUUAUGAAACUUGUAACUAAACCUAUUGAUCCGAUACCAGUAAAUUAUGAAGAAGAAUUAAUGUUUAAAGAAACAUAUGCUAAUGAUGAUCCACCAAUUGAGAAUGCUAUUCUAAAAGAAUUGGGAAAAAUUAAAUUCAAAAAAAUGGUUGCUGUUGAAUUAGAUUUAAUUACUAUUGAAUCACUUGUUGGUCAAUCAUUGAUUACGCCUCCAAUUUCAUCGAUUUGUUUUGAUUCAACAUUUAAAUCAUCUAAAUCAAUUAAAUGUAAUCUAUUAUUGAAACAAAGUCGUUAUAUUCAUUAUCGUUAUGGUGAUUUUUAUUUUCAUUCAUCAUUUUAUGAUCAUGAUGGUUUUACUGAAAAUGAUGAAAAAUAUCGAUAUUCACAAUUAGAAUAUAAUUUUGAAUUAUUGGCUAAUAAUUUGGGUGAUCUUUAUUCAGAAUUUCAAACAAGAAUGUCAUCUAUUAUAAAUACUAUUGGAAUAUUAUUGAUUUCAAAAAUUAAAAAAGAAAUUAAUCCAAGUAAAUUUUUAAGCUAUUAUUAUAAUUUUAAAAUUGAUUGGUCAAUUUCUGAAUCAUUAUCGAAAAAACCGACCAAAAUGUCGAUCUCAAUUGUUAAAGAAGCUUUUCCCGAUACAAAUACUAUGAUAUCAUUCGAUCAUAUUCAAUGGAUUAAUAGCUUUAUUGAUGAUCCGAUUUGUUUGCAAGAACAUAACAAAUCAAGAAUUUUAAUUUCAUUUAUUGAAGCUAUGACAUUAUUAUCCGAAAAUGAUAUGUUUUAUGGUCAUUUUGAUUGUGAUAAAAUAUUUAUUGGACCAGGUGGAAUAUUAAAACUUUAUGAUGCAUUUGUUGAUACAUUUAUUAUUAAUUUGAUUCCAAUCGUUGUUCGUGAAUUGAUCAAUUUUGAAGAACGUUCGAUAAGAAAAUUGACUUGUCAAAAUUUUCUUGAUAAUAAUUUCUAUAUGUUUCAUAUUGUUUUGAAUGAAAUAUUUAAUGUUGGUGCUUUUAUAUUGGCAUUGAAUAGUGAUUUUAAUAUUAAUCCAUUACCACCGACUUUUGAUAAUUAUAUUGUAAAAGAAAAUGAAAUACGUUCCGAACAACAUUUAAAAUUGGUACCAUUUGCAAGAAAACCUGAAUAUAAAUCAAUGAUUCAUUUGCUUUUGCUUUGUAUGGCUUCGGAUUAUAAUAAACGGCCAACAAUUUCAGCCAUUUCGGCACAUGAUUAUAUUACAGCAUGUGAAAACGAUAUAUUAAAAAUUCCAUCGGUUCGUUAUCCAUUGAACGAAGAUCAAGAUGAUGAUUUUGAUUUGUCCACCAUAGCCAAUAUCAAAUCGUUAGCAUCAUCUCGUCUUGAAAAUGAAUUUGAUAUUCUUGCUUGUAUCGGUAAAGGAGGCUUUGGUCUUGUUUUGCGUGCAACCAAUAAAUUGGAUGAUUCAUAUUAUGCUAUAAAAAUUGUUAAAUUUGAUGAUAAACAAGCUUCACGUAUAAUGAGAGAAGUUCAUUAUCUUUCUCGAUUAAAUUAUCCAAAGGUUGUUCGAUAUUAUUCAUCUUGGAUUGAAUCUGCUGAUAUUAAUGCAAUUAGACAUAAAAUUAGGUUUAUUGAUGAAACCAUUUCGUAUGACAUGUCAGUGGAUCCAGAUGAUAAUGAUUCAGAUGAUGUUGAAAUGUCAAUUAUUGGAAAAGUUCUAUGUAUUCAAAUGGAAUAUUGUGAAAUGGGAACGUUAGCUGAUUUUAUUGGAUGCGGAAGACUUGUUGACGAAAGAGAAGCACGUCUUAGAAUAUUUAACGAAAUCUGUGAUGCCUUAGCAUACAUACAUGGAAGUGGAAUAAUACAUCGUGAUCUUAAACCAUCGAAUAUAUUUUUUGAUUUUGAUUAUAAUGUAAAAGUAGGUGAUUUUGGUUUAUCUAUACUUGAUAAUUCAAUUCCUUCGGGUGAUAAUAAUCCAUUGUUACGAGAAAAUAAGCCUUAUCAUACCUAUAGUUUGAAUGCUGGUACAUAUUUGUAUAUGGCACCUGAAGCUCGUAAAGCCAAUUUAUUUGGUGCUUAUAAACCUGAUUUUAAAAUGGAUAUUUUUUCACUUGGUCUUAUAUUUUUUGAGAUGACCUAUUAUAUGAAAACUGAUUCGGAACGUCAUUGUAUUUUAUCAAAAUUUCAAGAUCCAAAACUUUCUCUUCCUAUUGAAGUAACAAAAGAGAUUAACGAAGCAGAUUUUAAAUUGAUUACAUUAAUGACAAAAUAUCAUCCAUAUCAUAGACCAACAGUACGCGAAAUAAUGAAUUUAAUCGAUAAAGAUGAAGAUACUUUUCAUUUAAUAUGGGGUCCAGUAUCGAAGGAAAUUAGCCGAGAGGAACAAAGUGAUAUUAAUCUUUAUAAAAAUUUGAUUAGAAGAAUUUUCCACAGUAAAGUAGGAAUUCGAGAAAAUGCAACAUAUGAUUUUCGAUCUAUUAUUAAUCCUCUUCAUAAUUCUGAAAACUAUUUCAAUUACAAACUUGUGUUUAUAAAUUUUGUAAAAAAUAUUCUUGAAUUGCAUUCAUCAUUAUUCGGCGCAACUCAAAUGCUAUUACCAUUAUUGAUGACUAGAAGUUUUUUACAAGAUUUGCCUGGUGAUCAAAGUGUUUUGUUUAUCGAUCGAGAUGGAACACAAGUUACUUUGCCUGAUCAUUUUCGUGCAAUGUUUUCUCGUUAUUUAGCAUCUAAUCCACAUAUUGUAUUUUUGCGUAAUUUUUCAAUAGAAAAAACAUUUCAUUUACAUUAUAAAUAUGAUAAUACAUUUACUCAACAUCAUGAAUCUUCAUUGGAUAUAAUAUUUCCUGAUAAUGGUCAAUCAUUAUUGGUUUUACCUUAUGUUGAAAUUAUUGGAUUUGUUAUACAAAUAUUGCCAACAUUUUUACCAAAAUUUAACGAAGAAUCAACAAAAAAUGCUCAUCAAAUAGAUCCUUUUGUUAUAAGAUGGAGUGAACUUUUGUCAUCAGAUAAUCCAUCCUAUAGAUUUGAAAUUCAUUUAUCAAAUUUGAAUAUAUUUUCAAUAAUAUUCAAACAUUUUGAAUUACCACAAGAUAAUUUUAAUUCAUUGAUACAUCUUUUAUCACAAUCACCAAAUUUACUUACAGAAAAAGCUAAAUUUGUAUUCGAAACAAAUACAUUGUUUCCACAGGUAAAUACCAAAAAAUUGGCUAUACUUUAUGAUUUGCUCAACAUUUGUGAACCAACUAGUGUGAAUUUUUUGCUUGAAAUUAAACAAAUUUUACAACAAUUAUCAACAAAAUAUAAUGAAUUUGAAUCAUUAUUUGAAAAUGAAAUCAAACCAAUCAUCGAAUAUAUGGAUGCUAUUCGUUUUCUAUCAUCUGCAUAUUUUAAUGAAAAAGAAAUAAAUUUUAAUGAUUUAUUUGAAUUUCGAUUCAGUCUGUUAAGCUUAACACCGGAAUCAUUUUAUUAUGAUAAAAAUAUUUUUGUUCAAUUUCGAUUUUUUACAAGACCUGAUCAUAAAACUGAAUUGAUUGCAUCAGGUGGACAAUAUGAUAAUGUUAUAAAUAAUUUUCGUUUACAAAUGAAGAUACAAAAUUUUAAACCAGCACAUGCAUUUGGUAUUUCUAUUGAUUUGGAUUUAUUAAUACAAUUGGUAAAAUCAUCAUUAAUGUUAAAAUUAGAUACACCAUUAACAUUUGAUCAAUGUUAUUAUAAAAUGUUUACAAAUCGUUUGGAAAAAAUGAAAUUAAAUUCAUCGAAUGGAUCACGUUUUUGUAAUAUUGAUAUUAUACUUAUUCCAUAUAUUAUUGAUAAAGAUUUAUCAACAAAAACAGAAUCAAAUUUUAAAUUUAAUAUUUCAAGAUUAUUUGCAUAUGAAAAAAUUUAUAGAUUUAUUCGACAAUUUCGUAAUGAUGGUUACAGUACAAUUGUUAUGGCAGAAACAAUUUUAAAAAAUUUUGAUAAAAAAUCUAUUGCAAAAUCAAAUUAUUUUACAGAAAUUUAUGAUAAUGCUAAAUAUCAAGCAAUACCAUUAAUUAUUGUUAUGCAAAUUAAUUUAUAUGAAUUAAACAUUAUUUAUUGGCCAAAUAAAAUUGAAAAUCAAUUAAUUAUUGGAAAAAAUAUAUUUCAAUUUGAAUGUUUAACAUUAGAAUCGGUUACUGAUAAAAUUUUUGAAUUUUUGGGCAAAGAUCGAAAAAAUGAAUCUCAACCAAUUCAUGGUCAUUAUGAUCGUAUUGAACUGUAA